GUAUCUGCCCCGCCUUCCGACCCAGGCCUGGGAUUCGGCGACGGCGGUACUGGUCUGACCCAGGACACGGCUCACCUCAUCCUGGACAAUUCCGACGUCGCCAUCGGCGAGGCUGCUGGACAACCGUCGGGCCAGCCAGCGGGGGCUGUGCAGGCCCCUCUGGAGGGUCCGGCGGUGAUGCUGAACCUUCAGCUCUUGCAGGCGUUUGUGGAGGCCGAGAUCGUCCAGCACUUCGCGCUGAUACAGGCCGUAUCGGCUACGACCUCCCCGAUGACAGAGGUCGCCGUGGCUUUCCCGCGUAGCUGGGUGGAGCUGCAGGCCUUGCUGGGUCGCCUGGCCUACGACGUGCAGGCGGUGGACCCGUGGCGGCGCCUGGGGCUGCCCAUGUACGAGGGGCUGGAGCCCACGGCGUCGGUGAUCGCUGCCCGCGCCCGCUCGGCGCGCUACUUUCGAGGCCUCGCUGCUGUGGCUGCGUGGGCUCCUGCCGAUCCUCCGGCAGUAGCGGUCUUCGUGGCGGCG